UGCGUGAUCGCCAAUUUCUCUGUGCCUCUACAGAAACCUGUUUAUCAAGGUAUUAGACGAUUUCAUUUAGCGAAAUUAUGCAUGUCAUCCGGCGAGUGCACUGUACCUACUAUGUUCAUAUAGCUUCAAUCUGAUCAGAAUAUCGGUUUGCUGAGUUAACGUUUUCAUUAGUAGACACAUUAGGAGUACUGAGGAUUCCUGCUGUUCCGGACCGCUGCCGCUGCUCAGACUGAAGGCCGGAAUAAUUGUCAGGACGCUAUUUAAUCUCCAGUCAUGUGAAUGAUAGCUAUCAGUGUUUGUUUCAGACUGAUCAAUGUUUUCGUUGUUGUUGGUGUAUUUCCUCCUCAGAAUUAGCUGCUCGAUAUGCAUACCUAUUAUUUUGUCAGCUGAUAUCAAAGUCUUGGCAGACGCUGCAUGCCGUAUGCAGAGCAGCAUUGAUUGGUUGAACUAUUUUUAGUAUUAUUUCCUGUACCGCCUUUAGACAUCAAGUGUCGAUGCCCGGAUUCUAACCUGGACUACCAUGUGCUUCUGUUAGAGGCAGCAAAUACGCUACACACUGAGCUGUCGCAUGGACAUGUCGAGCUAUGUGUAAGAAGUUCCAUCGCGGCUGCAUACAUUUAUUUGUUUUGAUGUACGGUGUAUAGACGAGGGUGUAGACUCCAACCAGCAUAUACCACUAUGGCUGAAACUGGGGAUGGAAAAGGUCACUUGGAGAAGAAGUUAACCUUCGGCCACCACCGCAAGAUCUCGGAUAGUUCCGAGUUCAAAGCACUCACCAAGGUUGAUGCAUGCUCUGCAAUGGCAUCCGAGCUCGAGAAGCUGUUACAAACUGCACCACCUAAUGAAAAGGAGGCCACGGAAAAGGAUUUUCAAGGUUUUCAGCGUUUGUUUGAGCGUUUUAUGAGCGACUCUGCCUCAACAAUCGAAUGGGAAAAAAUCGAACCACUGCCCCCUGGUGCUAUAAAGGAUUACAGCUCAUUACCAGCUCCAGCUGACGAGCAUAUUAAAGAUAUGCUCUCCAAACUUGUCGUUGUCAAGCUUAAUGGUGGUCUCGGUACCUCAAUGGGUUGUCAAGGGCCCAAGAGUGCUAUCCCUGUCCGCAAUGAUCUUACCUUCCUCGAUCUUACGGUACAGCAGAUUGAAUAUCUGAACAAAAGAUACGAUUGCAAAGUACCGCUGGUUCUUAUGAACUCUUUCAACACGGAAGAGGACACGGGAAAGAUCCUCCGCAAGUACAAGGGCUUCAACCUUCAGAUCUAUCCCUUCCUUCAAUCUCGUUAUCCUCGAAUCAACAAGGAGUCAAUGAUGCCAAUUGUAUCGACUCUGAAUAAGGCCAAUAUUGAGAACUUCUAUCCUCCCGGUCAUGGUGACUUCUACGAAUCAUUUAUUCAGUCGGCAUUGGCAGAUUACUUCUUGCAUGACGGUCGGGAAUAUGUGUUUAUCUCGAACAUUGAUAACUUGGGCGCUACAGUUGACCUUAAUAUUCUGAACUGCCUCUUAAAUCCGGCUCAGGGAUCGAAGCCCGAAUUCGUUAUGGAGGUAACAGAAAAAACCCGUGCUGACGUAAAGGGUGGUACAUUAAUCGGAUACGAGGACCGCCUUCGCCUACUUGAAAUUGCUCAAGUGCCGCCAGAUCACGUGGACGAGUUCAAGUCCGUGAAAAAGUUCAAGAUAUUCAACACAAACAAUCUUUGGAUAAAACUGAGUAAGAUUAAGGAGGUGGUGGAAGAAAAGACGCUAUCAAUGGAGAUCAUCGUUAACCAUAAGCACCUUGACAGUGGUAUAAAUAUAAUCCAGCUUGAGACCGCAGCAGGAUCUGCGAUCAAAGACUUUAAUCAGUCAAUUGGCAUUAACGUGCCUCGAUCCCGGUUUUUGCCAGUGAAAAAAACAUCCGACCUCAUGCUUGCCAUGAGCAACCUUUACGGGCUGAAAAACGGGUCAUUACAGAUGAGUCCUUUGCGCGCCUUUCCCACUGUGCCUCUAAUUAAGCUUGGUGAUGCGCACUUCAGCAAAGUUCGUGAUUUCCUUAAGCGAUUUGCAUCAAUUCCAGACAUUCUCGAGCUUGACCAUUUAACUGUAUCAGGCGACGUGACCUUUGGAAAAGGCGUUGUUCUUCGAGGCACCGUUAUCGUAAUUGCCAACCAUGGAGAUCGGAUCGAUAUUCCACCUGGGGCAAUCCUAGAAAACAAAAUAAUGUCCGGAAACCUUCGCAUUCUCGAUCACUAAUUUAAUUUUACAAGGCUGAUAUAUCGUUGUUAUUAACGAACAGAAGUCCUACUUACUGUUUGGAAGAUAAAAUGAAACCCAGUGAUAUCUAAACACUAAUAAUAAGCGAUAAAAGCACGUAUUGUUUAAGUGUUUUCUUAAUUAAUGAUAUAUAUGAUACAGUGAAACGUCACUGAAGAACGCUUUAGCCAGAUUGUAUCAAUGUCCAGCAAGGGGAAAUCCUAGUCUAGUCCACCUCGUUGAACUUGUCGAAAUGGACUGUUACUGAAGUUCCUGAAAAUUCUCUAAACUAGAUCUAGUCAGUCGUCUGUAUAGUAGAAUAAAAUGACGUUUAAGACAAACAGGA